AUGUUGUCGCCGCAUUAUCGCGAACUUUGCGAUUCCGCCGAAAAACGCAUUCCGCUCACGAAACCGCUGCCGGAAAUGCAGGCGACGAAACAGGAAGUCGUCAUUGACUGCUACAUUUACGGCAAAGACAACCUCAAAAAGACGAUCAUAUUCCCGAAAACGGCGUUCGUCGGCGAUACCGUCAACGCGAUCAUCUCGCUAUUGAGGAUCUCGAGCAAUCGCGUCAACUCCUCGCUGGAUGUCUAUGUAAGAAAAGAUGUGAACGAGAAGAAAAACCAAUUCAAGUACGAAAAAGUUCCGCAUGAUGCCAAGUGCAUGAUAAAGGAUGUGUUCUGGACUGACAAGAUUAUUAUUCUUCUCAUAUCAUUCGUUAUGAUUCCAUUCAACAAUACUAUGAUAGUAUUACUUUUUAUUUGGCAAUUCGGUGCUGCUCAACUCGUGCCAACCAAUGUGAUUCAGUUGGGAUUCUUGCAUUGUAGGAACUACGAGGGUUCGGCGAUCACUAUCGAUUAUUGGAAUUCGGCGGGCGCUGCGAGUGUAGCUGUCGACAGAAUCAAAAGAGAAGGUCUUCUACAGGGAUUCGAGUUCAACUUCACCAUUAUGUUUGACGAUUGCAAUGAAGCACAAGCCGCAGGAAAAACAAUCGAACUCUAUGAGGAUUACAAGGUCGAUGUUAUAUUCGGACCAACGACGAAUCAAGCCGCAUUUGCCGCGUUUGUCACCGCGAAAUACUACGAUUGUCCGAUCAUCGCCUGGGGCUUGUCGAACUCGGCGGCUCUCGAUGAUCCCCAACGCUUCCCGAACGCGGCAAUCAUGUCGGCCGGCACCAGAAGUUUGGGGGUCUCCCUUCGCGAAGUGUUCCAACAAUUCAAAUGGUAUCAAUUCGUGUUCGCUUAUUCCAACGAGGGCGACACUGAGAAAUGUAUUACGUUGCGAAACGACAUUCAGGAUGUCAUCGCAUAUUUCAACGAUUUGGUUAUAUUAUAUAGUAUUCAAGUGACUGAUUUGAGUUUCAAUGGUAUGACGGAAGCGCUGAGGAAGAUCAAAACGCGCGGCAGAAUUAUUGUGACGUGCAUGGCGGAUCAGAAGGGCUUGCGGCGACGAUGGCUUCUGUCCGCUGAUGAUCUCGGAAUGAUGGGUGAUGAUUAUUUCUACGUUUUUGUCGAUAUCAAGUCAAAAGGGCAUAUUAUUCCAAUGGUCGAUGGAACCGAGCAUUUCAUUUGGAAUCCUGCAAGUGGUCCCGACGAGAACUCAACACGAUCCCGAAUGACAUUCCGAAAGGCGUUCUUUAUUUGCGAUAUGAUGGGCGAGGGCUCGAUUGGCGCCAAUUAUUCGGCGUUCGGCGAGCAGGUGUUGGCGAAAAUGCGCGAGCCGCCGUUCAACUGCCAAAAAGAAUGCGACGCGGCGAACUACAGUCGGGUGGCGUCGUACGCCGGCCAGCUUCAUGAUGCGGUUUACGCGUACGCGACAACAGUUGAUCGAAAAUUGAAGGUCAACCCGAAUGGCUAUCGACGUGCUUCGGAGCUCUCGCCGUAUUUUCCACAGACGUUCUCAGGCGCUUCAGGAGAUGUGGUCAUCAAUUCGAGAGGCACACGAAACCCCACGCUAUUCCUUAUGACACUUGAUGCCAAUGAUAAGCCAACGAUUCAGGCAAAAAUCUAUGUUGAAAAUAUGACAGCGACCUACACGCCGUUGUAUAAAGAUGAGACGGAUUUGUGGGUGCAUAUGCCCGGCAAACGAGCCCCUAAAGACGAGCCGUUGUGCGGAUUUGCGGGGAAUUUGUGUCCCGUCAAUUUUUUCGCGGAAAAUCUCGCCUGGGUGGUCGCUUUGAUUGUCGUGAUUGCGCUCACGCUGAUCGCAGCCGUUUUGGGAAUUAUUUACUCGAUCCGGAUGAAGCGCGCCGAAAUCGAUCGUUUGAAUCAACAAUGGCAAAUCCCAUUCAAUCAUUUGAAUCAGAUCAAAGGAAAACAGAAAGGCGAUCAUAGCUCGAGAAGUCUUCAAAGUGGCACGAGCACGUUAUCAUCGAGAACCACCGUGUCGGUCAGAACCGAAACACGCAAUUAUGUGUUCUACACUUUACAGCGAGAACUCGAUUUGGAGCCAGUUGUUGCCAAAAAACAUUCAUUGAGGCCAAGAUUGGACGAUGAGACAUGCUUGUUUUUGAGAAAAUUGAGAGCUGUUGAUCAUGAGAAUAUGAAUCGCUUCAUUGGAUUAUGCCUUGAUUCACCGCAAAUGUUGUCGAUUUGGAGGUUCUGCUCUCGGGGAUCGAUUGCGGACAUCAUUCAUAAGGCAACAAUCCAAAUGGACAGUUUCUUCAUUUAUUCGUUGAUCAAGGAUAUUGUCAAUGGUCUUGCUUUCAUUCAUUCCUCAUUUAUUGAUUAUCAUGGAAUGCUGACGUCGAAGAGUUGCAUGAUCGAUGAUCGAUGGCAAGUGAAGAUCUCUGAUUUUGGGUUGGCCGAUUUGAGAUCGCACGAUAUGUUUCUGAAGAAAGACCUUCUUUGGUCGGCUCCAGAACUUCUCCGAAACGACAACAUUCGUGGAACGAAAGAAGGCGACGUGUACAGCCUCGGAAUCAUUUGCGCCGAGCUCAUCACACGUAAAAGCGUAUUCAAUCUCGAGGAUCGAAACGAAGACCCGGAAGAAAUAAUAUAUAUGCUGAAAAAGGGCGGCCUCAAAUCGCCAAGACCAAGUCUUGAUUAUGACAACACGAUCGAGAUCAAUCCGGCAUUAUUGCACAUGAUUCGAGAUUGUUGGACGGAGCGGCCGUCGGAGAGGCCGGACAUUGAGACGGUGCGAUCGCAACUGAGAGGAAUGAACUCGAAUCGAAAUGAUAAUUUAAUGGAUCAUGUGUUCAAUAUGCUUGAAUCAUAUGCAUCAACGCUUGAAGACGAGGUGUCCGAGAGGACCAAGGAAUUGGUGGAAGAGAAGAAGAAGUCCGACGUGCUUCUUUAUCGAAUGCUUCCCAAAACUGUGGCGGAAAAACUGAAACUUGGUCAAACCGUUGAGCCGGAGACAUUCGAAAUGGUCACCAUAUUCUUCUCGGACGUCGUCCAAUUCACAACUUUGGCGUCGAAGUGCUCGCCGCUUCAAGUUGUUAACCUUCUCAAUGACCUCUACACAAUUUUCGAUGGGAUCAUUGAGAAGAAUGAUGUGUAUAAGGUGGAGACCAUUGGCGACGGCUACCUUUGCGUUUCGGGGCUCCCGCAUCGGAAUGGAAAUGAGCACGGAAGGCAUAUUGCUCGCCUGGCUCUUGGAUUUAUGUCAAGUUUGGACUUCUUCAGAAUCCCGCAUCUUCCUGGAGAACGAAUCAAUUUAAGAAUCGGCAUAAAUUGCGGUUCCGUGGUUGCUGGCGUCGUUGGACUAACGAUGCCGCGAUAUUGCCUAUUUGGUGAUGCUGUGAACACUGCUAGUAGAAUGGAGAGCAACGGAAAACCUGGUAAAAUUCAUUUGUCUUCUGAUGCAAAUCGACUUUUAACUGAAGUCAUUGGCGGAUUCCAAACAGAAUCACGCGGAGAGGUCAUCAUCAAGGGAAAAGGAGUGAUGGAGACAUUCUGGCUAAUCGGUGAGACGGCUGGAAUCAUGAGAACUCCUGAACCGAAAGCGGAACCGCCCAAAAAGAUGUAUGAACAAUUUCAGACUGAGUCAACUCUACAGCAACAAGAUACUUUAGAAACGGAUGAGAUGCUUGAAGCUUAUUGA